CCAUAUUCCUUCCUCCUCCAUCUUUCUUAGCUCUCUUGAAUAGCAAGUAGGGAUAAAUCGAUCCGUGUUAUACCUACUACCGAAAACUUUCAAGAAAAAAAAGAAAACCCUAGAGCCACAACAUGUCAAUCGAAAAAGGGAAAGGCAUGGCUGAAGGAUCGUCAAGAUCUACGGCUUCCACGAAUGAUCAGCACCACCAGCAAAGGGCGCUACCGUUGAGUCGUUAUGAGUCGCAGAAAAGGAGAGAUUGGAAUACCUUUGGACAGUACUUAAGGAAUCAAAGGCCCCCCAUCGCAAUUUCACAGUUCAAUUCGAACCAUGUUCUUGAGUUCCUUCGCUACCUCGAUCAGUUCGGGAAGACUAAGGUUCACUUGCACGGCUGCAUCUAUUUCGGGCAGCCCGAGCCGCCGGGCCCUUGCACGUGUCCCCUGAGACAAGCUUGGGGAAGCCUCGAUGCACUCAUCGGAAGGCUGAGAGCUGCUUAUGAAGAGAACGGUGGGUUACCGGAAGUAAACCCGUUCGCUAGCGGCUCGAUCCGGAUUUAUCUUCGCGAAGUUAAGGACUCUCAAGCUAAGGCUCGAGGAAUCCCUUACAAGAAGAAGAGCAGGAGAAGAGGCGCAACCAAGGCCAAAACUGAUGGCUACAAUAACAUCCCUAUCAGUGAAUCUUGAAGAUCUAGCUACUACUUGAGUUUGGGGAAGGCGAAUCGAAGCAUUUUGAAGUGCCAAUUUCCUUUUAUGAUAGGAAAGCUCUACCGCAUCGAAAUCUAUCUGUUUGCUUUUUUCGGUCUGUUAACAUUUCUUCUUAAACAAGACCAUGUUC